AUGCCGCACCUUUUGCUGCAUCUCCUCUUCUCGACAAGCAGCGCCGUCGUGCUCCGUGCCGUGGCACCACACCGCAGCCGCCCGCCGGUCGCACAGGCCACGAGCAAAGGGCUGACGCACGUCGCGCUCGUCGAGCUUGGCUCCGGAUGCUGCCACGGCGGUAACGGCACCAAGGCUGCGGUGCGAGCGUGCAACAGCGCCAUCGAGUGGAACAGCGUCAAGGUGCGCACCAUCAUCCCGGGCUCGUACGAGGCGAUGCGGCUGCACGUGCAGCUCGCGGUGCCUGAACCAGAGGCGGUCGACCUGGAUGCUGUCGCGGCCUGCUUCCCGUACGGUACGCUCGUGCGCGUCGACGUCGAGCAGGGCGGCCUGCGGGCCAGCAGCCGCGCGGGCUUGCUGGCGGAGGAGCCUGCCGAGGCGCACAUGACGGUCGCAGUCGCGUGCGUCACCGUCGGCUGGGGAGAUCCCGACGCAGCCGGCGCCGGCAGCGCGUUGGAGGAGGCGGCGCCGCCACCGCCACCGCUGCCGCUGCCGCUGCCGCCGCCUCCGCCUCCGCCUCCGCCUCCGCCUCCGCCUCCGCCCCCGCCUCCGCCGCAGGUCCCUUCCUCGCUCUCCUCUCCUCCGCCGCCGCCGCCACGACGCCCGCGGCAGCAGCCGCAGCAGCCGCAAGCGCCCACGCCCGUCGACUACUUCAAGUACCGCCCGUCAGUCAACCAGCGCUGGGCGGGCGACGUGAUGGGUCGGCGACAGCUGCCGCCACCCUGGUGGGAGGAGAGGGACGGACGGUCCGGCGGGCCGAGCGACAAUGUCAACGAGGCGCGCCCUGACGACUAA